GCGUGAAGUCAUGGCGGCUGACAGUUUGUAAUGAGCCAACGAAAACAGCAAAGACUCUUUCAAGUUGGACUUACAACGUUUAAAACAGGGCCGGGGAUAAAAACUCUGUCGCCAAAAUGCAGAUAACUCUUAAAACCCUUCAGCAGCAGACGUUCAAAAUCGACAUCGAUGAAGAGGAGACGGUGACGACGUUAAAGGAGAGGAUUGAACAGGAGAAGGGGAAGGAUGGUUUUCCAGUUGCUGGACUGAAACUGAUAUAUGCUGGUAAAAUCCUCAACGAUGACACAGCCAUCAAAGAGUACAAAAUCGAUGAGAAGAACUUCGUGGUCGUCAUGGUGACAAAGCCUAAAACGGCCUCAGCUGCCGCUCAGCCUUCACCUGCCACAUCAGCUCCCAGCACUACAGCUCCCGCUGCUCCUCCCGCCUCGUCUUCCAGCUCGGACAACCCAACAGAGCGUGUCUCUACAGAUGACAAACCAGAGGAGAGGCGGUCUUCGAUCGCUGACCCAUCCUCCACCCCUGUCGGAAGCUCUGAAGCUUCGACAAACACAAACUUAGUUGAAGAGGCAGUUUCAACUCUAGUGACAGGCCCAUCAUAUGACGCCAUGGUGACUGAGAUGAUGCUCAUGGGCUACGAGAGGGAGCAGGUGGUAGCAGCUCUGAGAGCGAGCUUCAACAACCCAGACAGAGCUGUGGAGUACCUGCUCACAGGUAUCCCGGGCAGAGAUCAGGGCCAUGCUACAGGGCCUGAUGCAGUGGUGCCUCCAGUGAGUGGAGCUCCAGCUGUGUCUGCAGGCGGUAUAACCGUCCCUGCCAACACUGGCUCUUCACCAAGUGCUGGGGGAGGGAACCCCCUGAGUUUCCUAAGAAAUCAGCCCCAGUUCCACGUGAUGCGACAGUUGAUCCAGCAGAAUGCUGCUCUGCUUCCUGCGCUGCUGCAGGAGAUUGGCAGGGAAAACCCUGAGCUGUUGCAGGAGAUCAGCAAUCACCAAGAGCAGUUCAUCCAGAUGCUAAAUGAGCCUAAUCCAGAAGCCGUUCCGGUAGGUGGAGGAGGUGGAGGAGGUGGGGCGGGAGGAGCAGGAGGAGCCGGGGGAGCCGGAGGGAUAGCAGGUGAUUCAGCCGGCGGGGGUCACAUGAGCUAUAUCCAGGUCACGCCGCAGGAGAAAGAGGCCAUUGAGAGGCUAAAAGCCUUAGGAUUUCCAGAGGGACUUGUUAUACAAGCCUACUUUGCUUGUGAGAAGAACGAGAACUUGGCUGCAAACUUCCUUUUACAACAGAAUUUUGAUGAUGAUUAGAAGAGCCAUUCUUAAUUUGACUUUUUUUUCAUGUUUCUUCCUCUACUUUUUGAUUGCAGGUAUUGGAUAUAUGUGUACAACACGCCUUUUACAUUUCACAAAGUUUUAUCCACCACUUCCACGUUCAACUCUCUUAAUAACACUGGAUCAUUAUCAGCUGAUUUACACAGACAGGCUGUUGUUUUUUGAUCAGUUUGUAAUGGAGGAACAAUUAAAGUAUGUUAACUUUGCAUCAGAAACCACCUGUGUGCUAUUGAUUUUUUUUUUUCUUUUUACAAUUACUUUAGUUCAGUUCAAUGUGAUUGUUUUGUUUUCUGUCUUAAGGAAAAUCAACAUGGCUUGAAAUGUCAGCAUACAUGCACUCAUUGUUUUCUUUAAGUUGACAAGUUGGACAUUAAAAGAAAAUUAAAGUUGUGCAUUACAAACAAGCAGCAUGAAUGGCACUGGUUCUUCUUCUAUUUAACAUCCCUCAUCUACAUGUGAAUCAACAAGAUUGUAGGCAGGAGCUGUGUGAAAACACAAUUUAAGUCUGAACUGGAAGGCAUAUGUCAGAGCAUUUUUACAUGUAUAUAGUUAACAUACAUGUCGUAGG